GCGCAGAGCACACACCAGCAUCCACGCAGCAAUGGCGGGGCCAGCAAGAUGGGCUCUCCUCCUCCUCCUCGCCGUCGCCCUCCUGGUGCCCGCUGCGCUCGCCGCCGGCGGCGGCGGCAAUGGUGGCGCGUCGGCAUCGACUCCGAACAAUGGUAACGGUGGGAACAACGGUAACAAUGGCAACAACGGCAACAAUGGCAACAAUGGUGGUGGGAAUGAGAAGCACGAGAAGUCCCCGCCGCCGCCGCACCACGACUCGCCACCGCCGCCACGUGCUUCACCGCCCCCGCCCGUUUACUCGCCGCCGCCACCACCGCCGCGCUCAUCGCCUCCACCACCGCCUGUUUACUCGCCGCCACCACCGGUGUCAUCGCCUCCUCCACCCGUACCCUCGCCACCACCACCGGUGUCAUCGCCUCCUCCACCCGUACCAUCGCCGCCGCCACCGGUUCCCACGUCGCCGCCGCCAUCACCGCUGCCAUCGCCUCCUCCACCUGUGCCCUCGUCACCGCCACCACCAGUGUCAUCACCUCCACCACCGGUGCCCUCUUCGCCACCGCCGCCAGUGGUGCCAUCGCCUCCUCCACCGGUGCUCUCCUCGCCGCCACCACCAGUGGUGGCAUCCCCUCCACCACCGGUAGUACCAUCACCUCCUCCACCAGGAGCCAGCGACGUGGUCUACUGCACGAACAAGACGAGGUACCCCACCUGCACCUCGCCGGCGUACUGUCCCAGCAGGUGCCCCAAAUCCUGCCACAUGGACUGCGCCACCUGCAAGACCGUAUGCGAUUGCAACCUGCCGGGCGCGGUGUGCCAGGACCCGCGGUUCAUCGGCGGCGACGGCAACACGUUCUACUUCCACGGCCGCCGUGACCGCGACUUCUGCCUGCUCUCCGACGCGAACCUGCACAUCAACGGCCACUUCGUCGGCAACCACGUCCCUGGCCUCAAGAGGGACCCGACCUGGGUGCAGGCGAUCGCCGUGCAGUUCUCCGGCGGCCACCGCCUCUACGUCGGCGCGCGCAGGACGGCCGUGUGGGACGACGACUCCGACCGCCUCGCCGUCGUCUUCGACGGCGAGACCGUGCAGCUGCAGCGCGUCGCGCACGCCAGGUGGGAGUCGGGUUCCGGCCUGUCCGUGACGCGGACCAAGGCGGCCAACGGCGUCCUCGUCGAGCUCGACGGCGUGUUCAAGAUCACCGCGAACGUGGUGCCCAUCACCAAGGAGGACUCGAGGAUCCACAGGUACGGGGUCACCGACGAUGACUGCCUCGCCCACCUCGACCUGGCGUUCAAGUUCUACGCCCUCACCGACGACGUCCAUGGCGUGCUGGGCCAGACGUACAGGAGCAGCUACGUGAACCGGCUCGACGUGUCCGCGAAGAUGCCCGUCAUGGGAGGCGAGAAGCAGUUCACCUCGUCGGGUCUUUUCGCCGCUGACUGCGCCGUCGCUCGGUUCGGGCGCGCCGGCGAUGCCGGCGCCGUUGCCGUUGCCUCCGAGGAGCUGGUCGACGUCAAGUGCUCCACCGGCCUCGACGGCGUCGGGGUGGUGUGCAAGAAGUAGGACAAUUUGCUCUCUCGCAGCGUUCAAGUUCUCGAGAAAUAAUUAGUAUCGGCGUCCGCGUCUGCACG